UUCACUCUCGCGCGCUACAGGACAGACAUGGCGUCGUGCGCUGUGCAGCUGAUCGACAAAGUAACGAGGAAGAAGGUUGAAAAACAGAAAUACGAAACAAGCAUUUUGAAGAGCCCUUAUAUGAAGCACCCUUUACAAAACAGAUGGGGUCUUUGGUUCUACAAGAACGACAAGAGCAAAAUGUGGCAAGACAAUCUAAGGCUCAUCACCAAGUUCGACACAGUUGAGGACUUCUGGGCAAUAUUCAACAACAUACAGCCGCCAAGCAAACUAUCAUCUGGCUGUGACUACUCCAUGUUCAAGGAUGGCAUUGAGCCCAUGUGGGAAGACAGGAGUAAUAAAUGCGGUGGCCGCUGGUUGAUCACUCUAGCCAAACAGCAUAGACACACAGAACUGGACCAUUUUUGGCUGGAAACGCUGUUGUGUCUUAUUGGAGAGGGCUUUGGCUCCUUCAGUCGGGAUAUCUGCGGAAGUGUAAUCAAUAUUCGUGCCAAAGGGGACAAAAUUGCCAUCUGGACCUCCAAUGCUGAGAACUGUGAGACAGUGACAUACAUCGGUAAGAAGUAUAAAGAAAGUCUCGGGCUCCCACAGAAACUUGUCAUUGGAUAUCAAGCUCAUGCAGACACUGCCACUAAGAGCAACUCCAUAACCAAAAACAAAUUUGUUGUUUAAAAGUGUUUAGUUUGAUGCUGUGAGACCUGGAUGUUUAUAUCGAUAAAAGCAUAAUCCUGUACUCAUAUUUUUUUUUUGUUACUUUAUAUGUGUGGCUGUAACUUGUGGCAUUUAAAUUCACAUUGAUAAUAUGCAAGACUUUUGUAAAUGUUGAACUUGUUUUGAGUUGUAAUUUUUCUGCUAUGGAAGGGGAUGUCUAAACCGCUAAGACCUUUUUCUUUGAAAAAUAAAACAAACUACUUUUGCAAA